UCUUUGGAUACAUCUCUUUGACUGACCACAGCAAGAGAGAGAGAGAGCGAGAGAGAGAGAGAGAAAGAGCGAGGGAGAGAGAGAUCAGUUUCGCCUUUGUACGGAUUGCUCCAGGGUUUAUUGAAUUCCCCUCUUUGGCUCUUUGUUGCUUCGUCGACGCUUGCGUAAUUCGGUUAGGGAUUUAGACUUGGUUUUGGCCAGGGGCGCUUGAUCUUGUAGUCAAGGCCGAGAGGGAGUGGGGAGAUGAAGUCAUCGCUGAGAAGAUUGCGAGGGUUCGCCUUCCACAAGGACGAGCAGAAGCAGAAAAGGGAGAAAGGCUUGGUGGCGCACCAGGACGAGCUCCUCAAGGCGUCCCAGGACAUCCAUGACAUUAGAAACUGCUAUGACAGCUUGCUUUCUGCCGCUGCUGCUAUUGAAAAUAGUGCAUAUGAAUUUUCAGAAGCUCUAAAGGAGUUGGGUACUUGCCUGCUUGAAAAAACUGCACUGGAUGACAAUGAAGAAAGUGGUAAGCUUUUGUUGAUGCUUGGAAAGGCACAGCUUGAACUUCAGAAACUCGUUAAUACCUAUCGUGUCCAUGUUGUUCAGACUAUCACAACUCCAUCAGAAUCUCUUCUCAAGGACCUUCAAACUGUAGAGGAAAUGAAACGCCAGUGUGAUGAUAAAAGAGACGUAUACAUGUUGGCAGCACAAAGUGGAAAAGGAAGGUUGAAAAAUGCCAAAGGUGACACAUUUUCUCUGCAGCAGUUGCAGGCAGCUAAAGAAGAUUAUGAAGAGGAAGCAACUCUUUUCCUCUGUCGCUUGAAAUCAUUAAAGCAAGGACAAUCCCGGAGUAUCUUGACACUAGCUGCUAGGCACAAUGCAUCACAGUUAAACUUCUUUCAUAAAGGAGUUAAAUCUCUUGAAGUUGUUGAGCCACAUAUCAAAAUUGUAGCUGAACAGCAGCACAUUGACUAUCAAUUGAAUGGACUUGAGGAUAAUCAAUUGGAAGGAUAUGAGGUCGAUCAUUCUGUUGAAAAUGGAGAUGAUGGAGAGUUGAGUUUUGAUUAUCAACAGCAUGACCAACAUCGUGAUGUUAGUUACUUUUCUAGAAAUUCAAUGGAGGAUGAUGUAGAUAGAUGUGAAUCAGAUUCCUCUCCUUUCAACAAGGAUGUUAGGGCUGUCAGUCUGUCAGCACCUCUUUUUUCUGAUAGGAACCCUAAAUCAUCUGAAACGACUAGUCAGAUGCAGCCUUUAUCAACAGAGAGGUUUUACACGUAUGCUCUUCCUACUCCAGUUAAUGUUAAGAGCUCGACCUCAACAGGUCCAACUAAUUCGAUUUCUGCUUCUGGGGUGGAAAACAAGGGUGUAUGUCCAACACAAUUAUGGCAUUCAUCUCCAUUACAACCAAAUUUUCUUGGCAACAAUUACAGAGAUGUUGAGCUGCCAAGCCCCACCAGUUUACCUAUUAAGCAGUCAGUAUUUAAAGAGAGCAAAACUGUUGGUAGCCCCAUCAGAAUGCCUUCUGCAUGUACCGAAGGGGGGAUGUCUCAGUUGAUUACAUCAAAUACAUCUGAUUCAAAGAAGAUUGGCAGACAAGUUUUUUCUGGUCCGUUGACAAGUAAACCAUUACCAAGCAAACCAGCUUCUUUUACAAACAAUUCCAUGUCAUCAGUGGAACAUCUGGCGGGAGUCCCAGCAAAACCAACAAGCAUUACCACACCUAAGCUAUCUGUACCUCCUCCUGUAACAUCGCCCAGAAUAAAUGAGCUUCAUGAGCUUCCGAGGCCUCCAAUAGGUUGUCGAAAACAUUUAGGAUCUUUCAAUUUAAUUGGCCAUUCAGCCCCUCUGGUGCCUAGAGGUCAAGGGGUAAAUGCAACAAGCAAACAAGUACCAAUUUCAUCAUGCAUAGCCACACCACUUCCAGAACCUCCUGGUGUUAUGGUUCGCAGCUUUUCUAUACCAUCUAAUGGUCGAAAAUCAAAUUCAACAGAUGUUAAGUCAUCGGAUCAUCCUAAUAGUCAAAGGACAACUGCAGAUGCUUCAGCAACUCAUACAUCGAUGAAUAUUGGGUAGCAUGAAAACUUCAGAUACAGUAACAAACUAGAAAGCUAAAGGAUUCACGUGAAGAGCCCCAGAACUCUUCGUAGCAAGUGGAGCCAAUUGAUAUGGUCUCCUAAUGUUGCUUAUGUACAUAAUGAAGUGUCCAAAAAACCUUCUCGCUCUUCCAUUCUGUUCCAUGUGUUGUUUUCUUCAGAGAAAUGGGGGAUGAUUUGCCUCCAAGAAUACACCACUAGAUAACUGCUGGUUGAGAAAAUGAAAUUUCAGUUUAUUGUUAAUAGUAGUAAUAAAGAGAUCUUAGUUUAUUAAACGAGGAACCUGACGGAUGUACUGAGACAUUUGUACAAUAAAAUGUUCUUUCCAA